AUGAUGCCAUUCUUCAUACUACUCACGAGUGUCCAAAACGUUUUUCUGAUGUCAAUAAUUUCUCUUGUUGGAAACGUGCUAGUGAUCAUUGCCUUAGCAAUCGUGCUUGUGCGUCUCGCCUUAACGAAACACAUACCACUAUCAGAUCUCGCAGGAGCGACCACUGUUGCAGAUGCUGCAAUGGCUGCCGGAAGUAUAACGUAUGCUUAUACAGCCCAAGCUGUGAUUCUCCCUCUCGAGAACCAGAUGCGCAAUCCUCAUCGGAUGCUUGGAAUUUUUGGUGUGAUUUCAACGGGAGUUGGUUUUAUCUGUGCGCUUUACACAGUUACGGCAAUCCUUGGCUACAUCACCUAUGGUUCCGAACUCAAGGGCAGCAUCACGCUCAACCUCUCUGAUGAUCCCCUCGAUUUCUCAGUCAAGGUGAUGCUACUCCUGAUGACUUACUGUGGCUAUUUGAUCCAGCACUAUCCUAUUUUCCAAACGAUCUGGCCACUGAUGCAACGCCGUCUCAGUACAAUGCCCAAGUGUAUCUCAUUGAUAGCAAACUACACAACUCGCUACGCUACCGUCAUACUUCAUACAUGA